AUGUCAUCUCGCGCUCCAGAGCAAGCGAGGGUUGCUCGCUAUCCCUCGCUUCAGGAACAGGUAAUUACAGACAUGACCACCUUGCAGCGCCUGGAUUGCCCAGUAACUAGUCUCCAAAAUAUCAACAUAUUUGUCAAAUCCCCAAAACGCCAUGCGCAACAAGCUUUUGACCAGCUGAGGUUUAUCCAGGUCGCGGCCGCUUCUGACGAAACGUGGAUGGCUGACUCUGGCCUCCUUGACGUUCCAAAAUCUAGCCUCAUGGCCGCAUUUAAUGGCGCCCUCGGAGUUACCCACAACUUUCAAUCUCGACAAAAAUACGAGAGGACGAAAUCCUUUUAA